AUGUUAAUAAAUAUUUACCGCGUGGUUCUUGCGCUGCUGCACAUAGCCUAUUCUAUUAUAAUAACCUUCCGUCGAGUGUGGGCCGAUUUACGAAGGAACUUCAUCGCCGCCUUUGAACUCUUCGAAUCGUUGAAAAAUGCGAAGACGGAAACGGAGGUCAUAGUUCACAGUGUCAAAAGGAUAGAACGAAGUAAACUUCCAAAGCAUCUUGUUCUUAUUCUCGGACACGAACGAGCAUCUUUUCAAGAUAUCGUCCGGGUUAUUGGGUGGUGCGCAACUGCCGGCAUACCUUGCGUCAGUUUCUACGAUCACAAUGGUCUCCUCAGGAAAAGCGAGAAUGAAGCUAGGAAAGUAUUGUCCGAAUCAAAGCCGGAGCUAGUCGAUUAUGUGAACUGGAAUUCAGACUGUCCAGUAAAGGCAGUUCGAAACGGAAUCAAUGGAGUGAAGCACAAAAUACAAGUGCAGUUACUAUCUUAUAUGGAUGGAAAGCGAGAGGUGGCUUUGCUGGCUCAGUCUCUUGGAAAAGGAGUAAUUGCAGGAGCCCUGAAAGUAGAAGAAAUUGGGCCAGAGUUGCUUGAAAAUAAGUUGAGACUGGGAAUGCUGCCUGAUCCUGAUCUUGCUAUUGUUUGUGGUAAAACUUGCAGUACUUAUGGCCUUCUUCCAUGGCAUAUAAGAACUACCGAAUUCCUACAACUGGAUACGCAUCACAAUUUACGAGUCGUGGAUUUUGUGAGUCUGUUGGAGGAGUACACUAAGUGUGAACAGCGUUAUGGAAAGUGAUGAGUGCGCUUAGAUUCUAGAGUGCAAAAUACGAAUGAAAAAAUUAUCCAGGCCUAUCAGGUUUUUGUAUGAAAGCACGAGACCCAGACCCUCAACCGAACUAAUCAUUAUGACAAAAGACUGAGUUGGGAUAGUGAUUUAUCAAGGGAUGGGAAUAUAACACCUGUUUUUAUGUAAAUAUAUGCGGCCAUUAUUCUUUCAAUCUAUUUUAUUUUCAAAGAAUGCUAGAACCUUGUUUCUAGAUAUACGAACAGGGAAUAAGGACUUCUGUUAAAUUGUAAAUAAAACGAUAUAGCGCAACUCUGAGUGACACAGAUGUAGUUAGGGUCGUGGUCAGUGAUACCUGUCAUUAUUUUUUCUUUUUAUUUUCUUCUUCCCAAUCAUAGUUCCAGAAAGAUAACAUAUGGUGACAAGAGUAGUAUUUAUGUACCCAAGAUAUACACCAUCGUUUUGUGGAAAAAAACGAUCGCCAGAUAAUUAUAUUAGGUAAAUUAAGAAGGGGUGAAUUGAAUAUUUAUCUAACUUGUAAAUAUAAAUAGUUCAAUUGAUGUUUAUUAAGCCACCAGGAUGUAAAUGUUAGAAUUUUACAUAACAAUAAUGAGAUGUAGAAUGCACGGGUAUUCUACGGUACUUUUGUCAAUGAUAUUAAUUAAAUCUUAUUUUGAAAAAAUGAAAAAAAAA